UUCUGAACAGACAGUAGUAGGAGUGGAAUGCGUGCAGUUGUGGAGUAACCAUGGGGUGGAUACCUUCUAUAUUGUUGCUGUUUGCGCUGGCCAUUGGCUCAAAUAAUAACGUGGCUUAUUCUCUUCGUCUCCUAAGGGUAGAAGUCCCUACUGCUGUUAGACGUGGAGAUUCAGUCUGGCUUAACUGCACCUAUAACUUGGAACUGGACGAAUUAUACUCAGUGAAGUGGUACAAAAACAACGUUGAAUUCUACCGUUAUCUACCAAGUGAUGACCCUCCAGCACAGAAAUAUGACUUACUGGGAGUCUAUGUAGAUUUGAGUAAGUCCCACUUGGGUAAUGUAUACCUGACGAGCUCUGAUCUGAACACAGAAGGGACUUACCGUUGCGAGGUUUCAGCUGAAGCACCUUCUUUUCAAACAGAACGAGCAGAAAGAGAGCUGCAGGUUUACGUUCUACCGAAAGGAGGCCCUAGGAUUAUAGGGACAAAGUUUCAAUAUCAAAUUGGAGACGAGGUUAACAUCACUUGUCAUGCUGCACCAUCUAAACCUGCUGCAAUUUUGAAAUGGCAUAUUAAUGAGGAAGAGGCUCCACCAUCCUUUGUUUGGCUUGCUCCGCUUGUUCGAUAUCGUGACGGACUUCUGAGCAGCCAGCUGGGACUACAUUUUAUCGUGGAACCUUCACAUUUGGUGAAUAAUGUGCUGAAACUACGAUGUUCUGCCGCGAUCUCGCAAGCCUACUCAAUGACUAGUGAAGAAAUUAUUGUUGGCAAUACUGUGAGAGCAUCUGGACUAUACACUGCAAUUGAUGGGCCAAGCAUUGAAGGUGGCUUAACCAAAUACCAAGUAGGUGAUGAAGUUGACGUCAAUUGCACUUCGAGAAAAUCCCUUACGCCAGCCAAACUAUCUUGGUCCAUAAACGACAAAAAGGCCAGUCUAGACUUUACCGUACCCUACGAACCUAAGGUUUAUACAAAUGGACAGAAAGCAUCACUUCUAGGAUUGAAAUUUGUCGUAAGAGGGCACCACUUCCACAAGGGUGAAAUGAGACUAAAGUGUACUGCUACGUUAUCUAAGGUGAUUGACACUAACAGUGAAGAGAUUAUUGUUGGUGGUAAUCAACAGAGUUCGGGGCUGCAUGUAUCAGAGAAUGGAAGCACAGUGAAAAACGUGGGGAUCAUUAUAAGGCAGUCAUGUUGGAUUACGGUCACUUUCGUUCUUCUGUUGUACCGGAUGUGAUGAAUGAGCUUAAAUAUUCUUUAACGGGACAGUACAUGAAGAAUGUUGGAUGAUUUGCUCAUGUAUUAUUUGAGAAAAGCUGGAAAAACAUGUACUGAGGGCAUCAGAAUUUUUUUUUCUUUAGCUCCAAAAUGUGCAGGUUUACACUAUAGUUGGUGGGUCUGAAUUAUUAUCAUUCAACAAAAUCAGCUGCACUUAUUGACAAACUUUGUGAACAUGAAUUAUAUAGGGAAGCAUUAGGGAAAAAAAGGAGCAAGAUAUGUGAGUGUAAUUUUCUUUUUUUUUCCGCACGAUUGAACCAAUUCCAUCACAUAAAUAGGGAGUGCUUAAAACUGUGCCUUGUAGGAGUCUUUAUGAUAUCAAGUGAACAGUUAGAAGGUUUGAUAAACUUACUGAACAAUGAUCAAGAGUUUGGCUUAAUUCAUUUAAAAAGAAAAGAGUUAAAAAAUUGAUGGCUAUUUUGAGAACCGAAAUGAGACGAAAAAAAAAAGACAGAGGCAUGCAAAAGUUUGCUUGGAAAUUUACGACAACAAUGUUUUGACCGCAGAUCUUUCAAAAAGUUUCAGUUAAGAAAAUUAAAAGUAAAGUAUAAUAUAAUUAAUGAUGGAUUCAAAGUUGGAAGCGUUUAAUCCAAACCUAAUCAGUUUCUGAGAAUUUAAACUACGUCAGUGUUCAAAAAAAUACCUUGUUUUCAUUCAAUAUAUUACCAGUAUAUUGAUGUUGUAUUAUGUUAUAUUUAAAGCACAUUUAUCAUUUUAAUUGUACAAAGUAUGGUACGCAUCUGGAUAUUUAUAAAUAUAAUGAUUAUCUCUCUAAAGGUUUCAAUGUUGUGUAAAAGGUACUGCGUCAUGUCAACUGUAAAGAUGAUUUAAUAAUUAAUGCUUGAAAGUGUCGACUUUCAAAUUUUUUGAAAACAGUUGUGUUUGCAACAUGUUUUAAAAAUUAUCUUCAUCUGUUCAAAAUGUGGGUCUUUUUUAUGUUUUGCUAAGAGUUUAUGUUUAUAUUUUAGCUUCGCUAAGAAUACUGCCUUUCAUUCCUUAUUUAUGUUUUGUUAAACUGCCUUUUAUUCUAAAUCUAACGCCUUUUUUUCGUAUUGCUACACAUGUAAGAUAGUGUUUAAUAUCCAUAAAUAUAUUUUUUUAUUAUUUGUUUUAUUAUCUUUACUGGGUUAAACCCCUGAAGGACUAGCUUAAAUAGAUAAAACGUUUAUAAAAGUUAAUUUUAAAGUGCUACUUAUAGCUCUUAACUUGUAGAUGUAGAAAACUUCCUGAUUUGUUGUGAUAGUAAAUGUAUAUAUGUUCAAUCAUUCCUGCACAUUCUGCACAUUUUAUACUUCUUAUUUGUUUAAAGGACAUGAAGUUAUAAAUAUAACAGAUAUAUGUAAAUAAUUGUCUACAUAUUUAUGUUACAUGCAAUACUGUAUUUUGUUCGACACUAAUCAGGAAAGUUCCGAAAUUAGUGUUCCACGCUUUAUCACGGCUCUUUCAAUUGAAAUAUAAUGGAAAAUGGUAUUUAAUUCUUAUAAGUGUUGUUUGGAAUGGUAUCUUUAAAUUAAAGGUUUGUCCGUAUUUUCCAAACCAG